AUGGCUCGCUCCAUGCUCCAUCGCCUCGAAGACCUUUGCAACGUCGACGUCGACAGCGCUGAUACGGAGCUCAUCAAGAGCAUCCCAUUUACACCACACAACCAAACAUCCAAUCAAGCCAUCAUCACAAACGAGCUCCUGGCUGAUGAAGCUCUCCUGAAAGAUCUUGUUAGGCAAUACGGCUCUCAGGGGUGGGAGCGAGUCUAUGACCAAGCUGCCGUCGCCCUCACAGCCCGCAACAUCCCCCUCCUCUCCGGCCGCGUCCUCAUCCAAACCUCCCUCCGCCACAUCUCAUCCUCCUCUGCCACAAUCGCCCACGCCCGCACCCUCGCAUCUCUCUACGAACAGGCCGGUGUCUCCCGCGACCGUUUCGCCAUCAAGAUCCCCUUUUCCGGCCCCGCUGCCGCCGCCGCACAGGUGCUCAACAAGGAGGGCAUCCGGACGCUUGCCACCAGCGUCUUUUCGCUCGAGCAGGGGAUUGCGGCUAGUCAGAGCGGGUGUCUCUUUAUUAGCCCUUAUUACAAUGAAAUCGCAGCACAUCUGGACUCUUCUCUGCGUCUCGCUUUCGAAGAUCCCGCUUUAGAGCAUCCCAUGUCCCCUCGUGUAAUCCACAUCCUCGAGGCAUUCGCCAAACAAUAUCGAGAAACAGGCAAAGAACAACCCAUCAUGAUCAUUGCAAGCCACUUCACCCCGGCGGAAAUCAUGGCCAUGGCCGAGCUCGGCUGCCCACACGUCACCAUCUCGCCGCACCUCAUCCGAACUCUCCUCGAAACCCCUGACAAACUGCCUCCCCUCACCACCAAGAAGCCCAAGGCUGGCUAUGCCGAGUUCGCCACGGUGCAGCGACUCACAAAACUGUCCACCAUGGACCCCUUUGCUCGUCCGGACUGGGACGGCAAGCUGGCGAAUAUGCGGACCGAUUACGUUGCCAACGACGGCGAGAAGCUCGAUGAGGCCAUCAGGAACGAUCCCAUCGCGGCGAAUAGGUUGAAGGAUGUCGAGAUAUUCUUCAUCGACAUGGAGAACAAGGCGAAAGAGGCCAUUGAGAAGGAGAUUGCUGCACAGGGUUUGUAA